AUGGUCAACUGGCGCACCGCCAUCUGCUCCGCCGUCCUCGUGGCAGGCGCCACAGCUGCCACCAGCGGCGACUUGACCGUCCUGAGCAUGAAUGUCGCAGGUCUCCCGCCAAUCCUGAACGGCAAUGAUGUCCCCGGUGACAAGACGACCAACUCGCUGCUCAUCGGCACCUACUUUGCCAAGUACGGCUAUGAUAUCAUCAAUGUGCAAGAGGACUUCAACUACCAUGCCUCAAUCUACAAGACGGAUACGCAUGCCUACCGCACUGCUACAUCUGGCGGCGCCGUCAUUGGCUCUGGUCUCAACACUCUGGCCAACUUUGACUGGAUCAACUUCUCCCGCGUCAAGUGGGACGACUGCUCCAACGCCUCUGGUGCCGAUUGCCUGACUCCCAAGGGCUUCACCUUCAUGCGCAUCCAGAUUGCCGACGGCGUCUACAUUGACUCGUACAAUCUGCACACCGACGCCGGCACUGAAGACGGCGACGAGGCUGCCCGAACCAGCAACGUGAAGCAGGUCGCCAACUACAUCGACACCUGGAGCGUGGGCAACGCCGUGCUCGUCUUUGGCGACACCAACAGCCGCUACACGCGCACGGCGGACAACAUCGCCACCUUCAGGACCCAGAACGGCUUGACGGACGCAUGGGUCCAGCUGGUCCGCUCUGGCGUCGAGCCAACCGUGGAGACCAUCUGCUCCAACCCCAGCACCACCAACAACUGCGAGACUGUCGACAAGCUCUUCUACCGCGGCAACUCCAUCAUUAGCCUGACCGCUGACUCGUUCAACUACGAGAGCAACAAGUUCUUGCAGCCUGAUGGCAACAUUCUCUCCGACCACAACCCCAUCGGCGUCAACUUCACCUGGUCGCUGUCCUCCAAGCUGCGCCAGUCUGCCUACAUCGGCGGACCCCACGGCGACUGGUUCACUGAUCUGACCAAGCUCUCUGCCUACUCCACCAUUUCCAAGCCCACGAAGCUGACCUUUGCUGGCGGCUCGCGCCUGGACUCCGUGAGCAUUACUCUCAAGGAUGGAACCGUCCUGAGCCACGGUGGCACUGGUGGUACCGCCUCGAGCUUGACCCUGGGUGCUAGUGAGUACUGGACCAGCGCCAAGCUGUGCCAGGGACAGAAGAGCUCGCAGACUCGCGUCUUCUACAUUUUGGCCACGACCAGCGCCGGAAACACUGUGACUGCUGGAACUGCCACCAGCGAUUGUGUCACUAUCACUGCGCCCACUGGCUGGCAGAUUGCUGGCUUCCUCGGCCAGGAUGGCGACGAGAUUGACCAGCUGGCUUUGAUCUUUGCGCCGAAAUGA